AUCUACUUCGCGCUGAAUCGAGUUUGUUGCCAUCGGGAGACGUUUGGGGAGGCGAAUUGGGAUGGCGUGUUUGAUGUCGCCGGACAAGAGUUUCAGAGGUUUGCUGAUGAGCGGUACAGGGAGAACAAGACGAUGCACGCGACAUUUUGGUUCAUCCCUGUGCCCUGGGGAAGCACUAGGAGUCGGCGGGGAAGAAAGAAGAAAGGAAAAAAGAAGAAGAAGAAGAAACAAAUUGAAGGGGCGGCCUCACAAGAGACAGAAACUUCUACAUAGUAAACAUAGGAUUACUUGUUGCACGGUCAUUAAGAGUUGCAUGCUUCAUAUAUAAGGUUA